AUGGCCCAUCACACGAAUCGGACCCCGCAGGAUCAAGGCCAUUACUCGAUGCCCUACGGCUCUCAGACAGCUCAAUAUGCUGUCGCUCAGUCGCCAGGCAUGGCCCAGACUUUCAAGGCUUUACAAGAUGCUGGCUACGGCCAAGGAGCUUCAGCACCCGCUCCCCAACAGAACAUGCGUCCCACCUUUGAGAAGCCCACAAUAUACACCGUGAGCUACCCCAUGUCCACCUGUCACAUGCAAAUCACUGACAGUGAAGCUAGNGCUGUUUAUUCUGGAGUUCAGGUGUAUGAAAUGGAAGUGAACAACAUCGCUUGCAUGCGACGACGCUCCGACGGCUGGCUCAAUGCCACUCAGAUCCUCAAGGUCGCCGGUGUCGACAAGGGAAAACGCACAAAGGUCUUGGAGAAGGAAAUUCUGCCUGGCGAGCACGAAAAGGUUCAAGGUGGAUACGGCAAAUACCAAGGCACUUGGAUCACCUACCGCAGGGGUCGCGAGUUCUGCCGUCAGUACGGUGUCGAGGAUCUACUUCUCCCCUUGCUGGAACAUGACCUUGAUGGUUCCGGUGCUGGUCAAACCACCGAGACGCCCACCAAGGAACAAGCCAUGGCUGCCAACAGGAAAAGAUUCUACGCCGCUGGUGCCCAAGACAGAAAUGGUCCCGCUACCUCAAACACUUUCUUCCAGAACAUCUCUUCUAUGUCGUCCGUCGCUCUUGCUGCCUUGAACAAGGCUGCCCGUCUCAACUCGCCAGCACGUCCGAACCACAUGAGGCGCUCAUCUCAACAACAACAGCAAAACACCUCUCACGCUAUCAUGGCCGAUGCUAGCUACCAAAUUCCCGACUCUGGCUACAACACCCAGAGCGCUGCCUGGAGAACAGCACCAGGUGGUCAGGAACCCCCUAGAAAGCGUAUGAGACCCAACGACGAUAUCCCGGUAGAUGCUUCAAUCAUGUCCCUCGACCCCACCGAGCCCGGAGAAUCUUUCCUUCAAAGUACACAGCAAUAUCUCGAAGAAAAUGUCAAUGGUUCAGAUGAGCCUGUCACACUCCCUCCUUUGCCAGUACCUAUGGGCUUGGACGAAGAGAACAAGCGUCUAUUGCUUCUUGACCUCUUUGCUGAAUCAUCAAGACAAGAUUUUGCUUCACAUCCAGCACUUCUCUCCUUAUCACCACAGGAUCUGGAUAUACCUCUGGAUCCUUCAGCUAACACUGCUCUACAUUGGGCUGCAACGCUAUCAAGAGUGCCGUUACUGCGACUGCUCAUCCAAAAGGGUGCCAACAUCUUCAGAGGCAAUGCCGCAGGACAGAGCGCCUUGAUCUCGGCUGUUCUGGUUAACAACUGCUGCGAGCACUCUUCGUUUCCCGAUGUUCUAGAGCUCCUGAGUCCCCUCAUAGAAGUCAGAGAUGCUCAAGCGCGUACCAUCCUUCAUCACAUCGCUGUAUCUUGUGGUAUCAAAGGUAGAGCACCCAGCAGCAAAUACUAUCUGGAGGCGCUGUUGGAAUUCUUGGUCCGCAGCGUGUCGAAACCUGCACCAGUCGAGAACGGCUCUGGAACCCCUGGACAGGCAGGCAAAGAGCGAAUGAACCUGAUGCGCUUUCUCACGCAUAUAGUAAAUGCUCGAGACAAGGCAGGCAAUACCGCUCUGAAUCUUGCCGCCAGGAUUGGCAACAGGGGUAUCAUCCAGCAGCUUCUGGAAGUCAAAGCCGAUCCGACCAUUCCCAAUCAGAAGGGCAUAACAGCCCGCGAUUUCGGCGUAGGCGUCGAAGACGAGAACGGACAAGCCAAUGCAGGCUUUAACAAUCCAUCGAACAUCGACCCGAUCUUCUCCCAGGCGCAAGCAUUGAACCGUCCUCCAUCUCAAAACGCAACCACAGAAGGCGCAAAUGAGAAAGAAACAACACCUGUCGCCAAUACAAAUGUUAUCGAAGAACAGAAUCAGGAUGUGAUUUCCUCACUCACAAGUAUGCUCACCGCGAAUCUUGCCCAGCACAAACAAUUACUGGCCGAAAAGACUACUCAGAUUGACAAGCUCAACGCUCAGAUCCAAGAGCUGUCAGCAGUCGCGAAGACAGAGAGCGAUCAGCUAGCAACUCUUCAGCGUCGUGCCAAAUCUCGCAGUGAAGCUCAGUCGAAGAUUGCGAACCUGAAACGCAUCCUCGAGGAACGUCACCGCAACGGUAGAAAGGUCACAAAGACCAACACGGUAGUAGGAGAUGCAGAUAAUUCCAUCUCUCCUGUGCUUGCAGUCGUCGAUCAACUACCAUCCAAUGUUUCAGAUCCAGCACGAGCAGUGCAACAGUUGACCNNCCCACUACAACAACAAGUUCUCAACAACACACCCUCAAUUGCUGAGCUACGUGCUCUCAAGAAGAUCUACGAGACCAACAACGAUCGUCUUCACCAAAAGUCCACACAGCUCAAAUCACGCUCCUCACAGCUCGAACAUCUGUACCGUAAAGUCGUAUCUCUAUGCACUGGUGUCGCAGAGGACAAAGUUGAGGACCAGCUCGGUGCGCUUUUGGCGGCCGUCGAGUCAGAAAAGGGAGCCCUCGGACGUGAAGAAGCAGGCAGAGUCAGGGAGUUCUUGAUCAAGGUCGAAGGCGUUGGUGGUGGCAGCGAAGUCGUGGCUGCCGUGUAA